AUGGUGUUUCUGGGGCCGACCGGCCAUCCAACUCUCCGGAUAUCCGACCUGAAUUGUCCAUGGGUGCUGCCAUUGGUUGCUGCCAGCAACGUGGAAAGUGUUGCCUCGCGCUACACGAGGGAGGGGAUUCCGACAUCCGUACCCAUGUCAUGUCCUGAAAUUGCCUCAGGCUCCCACGAGCAUCCAAAUAUUCAUGGAGAGGCUGUUAUCAUCAAAGUUCAAUUGACUUUCGGUAUCUUGCGAGUUAGGGGCAGAAAUACUAUCCAAAUUGGUACCUGGUACCUUGAGCGGUCUCGACUUCAACUCCGAAUUCAAACGUCGGUUUUUAAGGGCUCUAAGCCACUAGCCAGGGAAUCGAGUCAACUCCAAAUGGGUAAACACAUUUGA